UUCACUGUCUUGACUAGCUGGUUUUUAUAGUGUGUCAUUUAGUUCGAACGUAAGGCAGAAAUUUGGCAUCUAGAUGAACUGUUGUAUAAUUCUUUGUGAUCAUCCAUUCCAAAAAGCAUUUGAUGCAGUGGAAACCAUACACUGCGAGUCUCAAGAUUAAAUAUAUGUCUGGGUGCAAACAUAUUGUGUGAGGACUGUAGUCCUCAUUUAUCACGGAUUGAUAGGAAUAUGUGACCCGUGGUUAGACGAACCACGGAACCUAUGGAAUUUGUUGACAAAUAGCAUCAUGGUUUAGAAUAUACUAUACUCUGACAGCAGAGGGACAAAAAUUAUAAUUUUAACAUCUGUGAUAAUUAUAAACUUUGGUGUUUGGCAGUGGCAUAAGUUAUAAGGCAGUUAUUGAGAUAGGUAUUGUUAUUUUUUAUGUUAAAUACUUAACUUAGCAGGAUGGUAAAUUUAGGAGAUGAAUUCCCAAAUUUCAAAGCAAACACGACAACUGGGCCUAUUCAAUUUCAUGACUGGGUGGGAGAAUCGUGGGCGAUAUUGUUUUCGCAUCCAUCCGAUUUUACUCCGGUGUGCACAACAGAACUUGGACGAGUUGCAAAUUUAACUCCAGAAUUUGAGAAACGUGGAGUAAAAAUUAUUGCAUUAUCCUGCGAUACUGUUGAUUCUCAUAAGAAAUGGAUACAGGAUAUCAAGAGCUAUGCAAAACAUUUUGGUGAUGGAUUUCCAUAUCCAAUAAUUGCUGAUGAGAACAGAGAUCUUGCAGUGCAGUUGGGUAUGCUGGAUCCCCUUGAGAAAGACAAAGAUGGCCUUCCACUGACAUGUCGAGCAGUGUUUGUAAUUGGUCCAGACAAGAAAUUGCGUCUGUCAAUGCUGUAUCCAGCCACUACUGGACGAAAUUUUGAUGAGAUACUUCGAACUGUAGACUCACUUCAGCUUACAGAAAAGAAAAAGGUAGCAACCCCAGCUGAUUGGAAGGCUGGUGGUGAAUGCAUGGUGCUUCCUACACUGAAAGAUGAAGAAGCUAAUGAUCUUUUCCCCAAAGGCUUCUCAGUCAUUAAUCUCCCAUCAGGCAAACCAUAUCUUCGCAUUACUCCAGAGCCUUGAAUAUUCCAAGUGCCUGGUUGUGGGAAGCUGAUGGUGCUGCUACCACACACACAUUAAGUUUUGUGUGUGUGUGUGUAAGAGAAAUGCUCUUAAGCAACAUGAACAUUGUGUACUUAGAUUAAGUACUUGGCCAAUUUUUUGAAAUCAGUAUUGUUUAAAUUAAUUCCUAAUGUUAACCUGAAAAGUGGUUUUAAUGUGUCUUUAAUACUGUGGGAACCUGUGAAACAAAAUCUACAUAAAAUGUUCAUUACUUGUGCUGCCAGUUGUUGCAUUCCUGUUCAAUAUUUUUUUAUAAUAUAAAACUAUUGGAAAUGUUACUUCAUUCUCUGGAGAGAAUUUAUAGUUUUAUACUUACCUUGCUCUGGAAAGAUUAAUUAUAAUAUUGAAAAUCUGAGAAACAAUUAAAUUGUAUGUUUUGUAUAUUAUUUGUUUUAUUUGUGGCAGAUUGAGCUGUAAAUGCCAUAGAUGUAACGUUUUUUAGUGAUGCAAACAGCCUGUGUUCUCCUAGUCACACAUGUGGAACAGUGCUGAUUUGUCUCCACUAGUGUUAGGAGGCAUUUUGAAUUAGGAUUAGAAUUGUCAUAUAUGUGAUGUAGUAUUGCGUUCUAAAGCAAAAGAAAUUGUAAUGUCGAUUAUAAACUAAAUAUUGGUGUUUUAACACUGCAGUUUCUUGUUCAUCUACGGUAUCAUGUAAUAUGUGAAUUGUUUAAUUUUUCUACCCAUUAAAAUAUGUUAUGCCUCCUU